GCCGGCCAUUCCCUCCGCACAAACCCACCCAGAUUUCAUUCCCCAUUCCCCCAAAACUAGGUCUCGGCCUCUCUCCCCCUCUCCGGCGCGCGCACGUACGCCUCAGCCUCCGCGGCCUCGUCGGUGCCUGCCAGGCAUGCAGCUAAGCUAUAUAUAUCGCGCAAUUUGAGGCAUUUUGAGACUGCUCGCACAUGCUGGGAGAACGGCACCAGUGCUAGUUAGCACCUCAGUUUGGUUUUGGCUUCUGAUUUUGUGAGAUCUUUAUCACUCAACAUUCAAUAGCACUUCAUGCCCUAAUUAUAAUAGCAGCGAAUGCAAGGAAGCAACAAGCUGAAUGCUGGCUCCAACUGCAAUGACAAGCUGCCAAAAGUCAACUGGCCACAUCAUGCAAAUGCUAUACAAAGCUCCCUUAGCAAAGGUGACUUUCUGAGUUCAAGCUUUCUGUUCUCUUUACCAACACAAAGGGCAAAUCCAGAAGCAAACUGCAAUACAAUGCAUUCUUUAAGGUCCGCUGCUUGUAAAAUUCAAGGCCCAGAACGUCUUCAAGUUCCAUGGAUCGAGAAGGCCUGGCGUUCUGUGUGUAACACCCAGGUGACCUGUAAGAAUUAUUUAAGACCUGGUUUAUCUGCAAAAGUGAAAGAUUGUGGCAGGGAUUUUGCUCUUACUUAUGCAGCAGAUUCUUCAUACAAUGCCAAAAAACUGGAUAAUGUGCCGAAAAGUACAAUUCUCUCUGAGGGAAGUCUGCAUCAACGCACUGAAAGUGGUAUUCUGGAGCAAAAUAGCAGUCAUCGGACCUGUACGAUGGCUUACCAGAGCAAUCAUGUGGUUGGAACAACAUAUCAGAGCAGUUUCGCCAGAACUGAUGCUAUGUCAUGCCAGACUGUUCCUGUUGCUGAUAACAUGUGUGCUGAUGAUAAGUUAGAUGCCAUGGAUGAUGACGAGAUUCUGGCGAGUAUUGACGUGGACCGCAUAGUUAUGGAACAUUAUGAAGCAACAAAUACACCCAGAGGGUUAGCAUCCCGACAAAUGUCAACUCCAUCAGGAAACAAGUUUAACUUCACAGGUUUAGACGAGAACAGUUUACCACAAGAACUCUCUGAAAUUUGCAGUCAUGGUUACAAGUUAGCUUUUUGCCCAGAGGCGAAUUAUCAUUUGCAAGGGAUGAAGGAUCAGUUGAUUUCAGUAUCCAAUAAACUUCUUGAUGGUUCUGGGGAACUCAGUCCUCAACAUUCUGAAGAGCUUCGUCAACAGCGUGCACAUCUAAAUAAACAGAUUCAGAUACUUGGGGAUUAUAUGGCGAGGCCAACCCAAGACGAUGAGCGGAAGAGAUCACACUCUAUGGCCUCCACAACAGCUGCAGAAGGGCAUCGACCCCCUAUGACCCCAAGCACUUUUGUGGACAAUAAUAGAUCCCAAUCUCAGUUUUAUGAUACGAAUGGACCCUGGGACGGUGGCUCAUGCUACACUCCUGCUCCAUGUCCCUACAUGGAUAGUAACAUACCGUUAACAUCGGUACAGAGAGAUUACACCCGUAGAAAUAUAGAUAUUAGCUACACUGAUGGUUCUGGUGAUAAGAAGUGGAGCAGCACAGAUUUUCCAUGGACUAAGGAACUUGAGGUCCACAACAAGAGAGUAUUUGGAAACCGUUCUUUCCGCCCAAAUCAGCGAGAAAUAAUUAAUGCCACAAUGAAUGGGAGUGAUGUUUUUGUUUUGAUGCCAACUGGUGGUGGAAAGAGUUUGACCUACCAGCUUCCAGCUCUCAUUGAGGAGGGCAUAACGCUAGUAGUUUGUCCUCUUGUUUCACUCAUCCAGGACCAGAUCAUGCAUUUAUCGCAGGCAAAUAUCCCUGCAACUUAUCUCAGUGCCAAUUUGGAAUGGACAGAACAGCAGAGAAUAUUAAGAGAUCUAAUGUCUCCUACAUCUACAUGUAACUAUAAGUUACUGUAUGUUACUCCAGAAAAAAUAGCUAAGAGUGAUGUUCUACUGAGACAAUUGGAAAAUUUAUAUUCACGAGGUUAUCUUUCUAGAAUUGUUAUUGAUGAAGCUCAUUGUGUAAGCCAGUGGGGACAUGAUUUCCGACCUGAUUACCAGCAUUUAGGUGUCUUGAAACAAAAGUUCCCAGAGACACCAGUCCUGGCCUUGACUGCAACAGCAACUGCGAGUGUAAAGGAAGAUGUUGUGCAAGCUCUAGGCCUAGCAAACUGUGUUGUUUUCAAACAGAGUUUUAAUCGUCCCAAUCUGAGGUAUUUUGUGAUGCCCAAGACAAAGAAAUGCCUCGAGGAUAUAGAUCGCUUUAUCCGUGAAAAUCAUCAUAAAGAAUGUGGCAUCAUAUAUUGCCUUUCAAGAAUGGACUGUGAAAAAGUGGCUGAAAAACUGAGGGAAUAUGGGCACCAAGCAUCACACUAUCAUGGUAACAUGGAGCCUUUUGAUAGAACACAAGUUCAGAGGCUGUGGAGUAUGGAUAAGAUAAACAUAAUCUGUGCUACAGUUGCAUUUGGGAUGGGUAUCAAUAAACCCGAUGUCCGUUUUGUUAUUCAUCAUUCCCUUCCCAAAUCAAUUGAAGGGUACCAUCAGGAGUGUGGACGUGCUGGUAGAGAUGGACAACGCUCAUCUUGUGUGCUGUAUUAUAACUAUUCUGACUAUAUUCGUGUCAAACACAUGAUUACACAAGGAUCUGCAGAGCAAGUAAGAUCAAGCUCUUCGUCUUCACAUGGGCAAGCACUUGCAACACACAAGGAGAAUCUCUUGUGCAUGGUUAGUUACUGCGAAAAUGAUGUGGAUUGCAGACGUUUACUUCAACUGAUACACUUCGGAGAGACUUUUGAUCCAUCACAUUGUGCAAAAACAUGUGAUAAUUGCAAAAAAGGAUUGAGAUGGAUUGAAAAAGAUGUGACCAAUAUUGCCAAGCAAUUGGUCGAGCUGGUCUUGGCGACAGGGCAGCCAUGUUCAAGUUCUCAUAUUCUUGAAGUUUACAGGGGUUCCUUGAACCAAAAUGUCAAGAAGAACCGUCAUGAUAUGUUGCCUCUUCAUGGAGCUGGAAAGCAUCUAGCUAAAGGUGAGGCAGCAAGAGUACUACGGAAUCUAGUAACUGAGGGAAUACUUGCUGAGGAUGUCAAAAAGAGCGAUACAUAUGGAUCAGUAUCAUCUGUUUUAAAGGUGAAUCAGGUUAAAGUUGGUGGUCUUCGCUCUGGCAAUCAGAUCGUCCUUAAGUUUCCCACUCCUGACAAGGCCCCUAAGAUGGGGAAACUUGACGAAUCAUCAAUCUCACAAGUCAAUAAGCCUGUUCAACGGCAGAGUGAAAUGGAUGAGAAUUUUUCAUCGUUGCUCUAUGAAACUUUAAGAAUCCUUAGGUCUCAGAUAGCAGAGGCUGCAGGAUGUGGUGUACACCACAUAUUUAAUAAUGAAACACUGAAGGAAAUUAGCACUCGGGUACCAAGGACAAAAGAAGAACUUUUGGAGAUAAACGGCAUCGGCAAGGUGAAGCUCAACAAGUAUGGAGAUCGCGUACUUGCAACCUUAGAGGAGUUUCUCAACCAAUUUUCAAGCGGAAGCAAGAGAAGCAGCAGCAGCGGUGGCAGCAACGAGCAAAACGAGGCCGUGAAGAAGCGAAGGGGCUUCACCGCCAUCGACACCUCUGGGAACGGCAAUGACUUUGAAGAACGCACAGUUCAGUCCAAGAAACACGCAGGAAAGACACAAAACAGCAAGCAGGGAAUAGCCGAUGCUGCAAGCGUGAUCCAAGACAUCCGCUAUAUAGAUGUUGACUUGGACGGAUGCGAAGAUGUGGAUGAAGAGCUGUGCAGCAGUGUCCAACAGCCCGUGGCCUCUGGUAGGGUUUUGCCCAAGUGGUCAGCCGGCGGUAAUGCCCCCCCACCUAAUAUAUUUGAAGAAUUUAAAUACACCAACUAGGCUUGUAGGCAUGUAAGCCGUCAUAUAUAUAGGUCUCGUGUUCCGGGGUAGUAGUUUUUGUAGGCUGUAGCGCAUGUAACAUGGUAUUCUUCUGUGGGGAAAUCCGGAUUCGGCGGGCAUGGAAAUGUAUGUACCACAUUUGCAGUAAGAGACAAGUGUGUAAUUGGAAGUGCCCGUUGUAUCCACUUGGUGUAAUUUAUUUACGUGACGGUGUCUGACGAGAA